UCAGAGAGAUACUGAGAGAGAGAUUUCUGUCUUUGUAAACGUACACUCUGGCUAAGAUUUCUACUUCACUGCAAAACCCAUCAGAGUUUAAAGAGGAAAGAAUGGGUGUGGAUUUGAGGCAAGUGGUUGCAGGUGUCUUGACACUGACAAUGUUUAUCAUGCUUGGCCAAAUGAUCAGGAGAGAACACUUUGACUCUGCUACCCAAGAAAAGUUUCCAGAAGGAACUGGGGAUGUUGAAAAUGCCAAGGUAAUGGAACAAAGCCUUGUGACACUUGCUAAGAAGAGUAAUGGGCCAUGGAUGGCAGUUCACCAAGCUCUGAAACCAUGUUGGGAUGAAUCCAUUACUGAUAAGUCGCAGGAGACUGAGGGUGAGGGAUUCAUCACUUUCUCAUUGACAAAUGGUCCUGAAUACCAUGUCUCGCAGGUUGCUGAUGCAGUGGUUGUGGCUAAAUAUCUUCGAGCUACUCUUGUACUCCCAACCAUCAGAGGAAGCAAACCAGGAGAUGAGAUGAUUUUUGAUGAUAUAUAUGAUGUUGAUAAAUUUAUGAAAAGCCUUGGUGGAGUGGUCAAAGUAGCUAAAGAUCUGCCUAAUGAUGUAUCCAUCAGAAAUCUUGCUGUUGUUAAGGUCCCUAAUCGAGUUACAGAAGAUCAGAUCGCAGAAGAAAUAGAACCAAUCUUUAGAAAAAAGGGCAAUGUAAAGCUGGCUACUUAUUUCCCGUUAGUGAACAUGAGAAAAAAUGAGCCAAAAAGCAACAGUGAUUCAGUUGCAUGUCUGGCUAUGUUUGGAACUUUAGAGUUGCAGCCAGAUGUAAAUGAAGUUGUUGACUCAAUGGUUGACCGGUUGAGAGCUUUGAGUCGUAAGUCUGAUGGCAGGUUCAUUGCAGUAGACUUGAGAGUAGAAAUUCUGGAUAAGGCGGCUUGCCGUGAAAGUGAUGCUAAUGGGCAGAAGAGUUGUUACAGUCCUCGUGAGAUUGCCGUAUUCUUGAGAAAGACUGGAUUUGACAAGGAUACCACUAUUUAUCUCACUCAGCCAAGAUGGGACAGUAGCCUUAACAUCUUGAAGGAUAUCUUCCCCAAGACUUAUACAAAGGAAAGCAUAAUGGCUGCAGAUAAGAAAAGCAAGUUCCUUGAAUCUGAAGAUUCAGAAUUCGAAAAGGUUAUUGACUUCAACAUCUGUUCUCAGAGUGAUGUCUUUGUGCCGGCCACCUCUGGCCUAUUCUAUGCUAACGUAGCUGGUAAAAUAAUAGCAUCUGGUAAGAAUCAGAUAAUUGUUCCAGCCAAGAUUCCAGGUUCCUCUGCCCUUGUCACCGAUUUUAUUUCCCCGUAUGUGUCAAAGAGAGAACAUUUGGCAUAUUCAUGUUUUUGCUAGUUCUGAAUGUGAAGAAUUGUGCUCAUGACAUGAGAAAUAUUUAUUCAAGCCUUGAAUAAUAGUCUUGUUUUUUUGUUUGCCUUAAACAAGCUCCAACGUUAAGCAGCCGCACAAGUCAAACGACUCGUAUCCAUACCAAGUUUCUGGUUAAGGUGAUUUUUUUCAUUUCAAGGCAUUUCGUCAAGCGGACAAAAAAAACACUCUCGGGCUUUAAUGCCAGGCUAUGUUCCUUCUUCUCUAUAGGACAGUUUUUCUGUUCCAAAAUGUUUGCAAUGUUGAUUGAUGUUUUGUAAAACUUAUAGGACAUGUUCAUUGUAAAAACUCUUUGGCAAUGGUAAAGGCUUCCGUAA